AUGUUUUCAUUUUUCUCUAUUUUCCGACCACUUUUCCUCGAUCGCUACUGCUCCAACCUCACUGAACUUUCAAAAAUCAACUUACUCCAGGUAGCCGACCCCACCGCAAGCCGACCGAAAGAUGUCUUCGAAGCAAGAGUCGAGCGACUACGAGAUCCAGUACCGGUCGACGAUCCAGCCGAGGACCGCCGUCCGAAGCCAGAGUCGCCAGAGCGGCAACUAUGUCUCCGGCAGCACCGGCACUGGCGGUGGUGGUCCGUUCUUUUUUUUCUCGUAGAUGAAAAUUGUCCUAGUACUGGUGGAUUGUGUGAGGAAAAGGAGCUUUUUGGUAUAGUUCUUCUUCUUCUUCUUCCUACGCCUUUGUACCGCUUGAGCGACGUCGGUGCCCCAAGUCGAUUAGCCGAGGUCCUAUCCUGA